CGCUCGCUCCCGACACAGCGCGGUGACGUGUGUUCUCCGCCGCCUGUUGGUCUUUCACAGUUGGUGACGAGUGUUAUGAAAAUGGCCUCAACCCUGCCCGUGAGCACGGUAAACCGGAGAAGAUGACGAUGUUGAUCCUUUUAAGUCGGUCGAACACCAAAGUGUCUUCUUUCAACACGUAAAUCAAAGUGAACUUAACGGAAACUAACGGACUGUCGGCAGAGAACCGUCUGGAAACACCGCCGCAUAUUUCCGCCGCUGAGGAGCCGCUAUGGAGGAUAUCAACUCAAACAUCAACGCGGACCUGGAGGUGCGGAAGCUCCAAGACUUGGUGAAGAAGCUCGAACAGCAAAACGAGCAGCUCCGGAGCCGGUCUACGAUGUUGUCCUCGUCCGGGGGGAUGUCAGGGAACCAUAGACCCCUGAGCGCCGGUUACGACUCCUCGUCCCUGUCAGCCGGUCUGGCCGGCUUCCCUGGGGUGGGGUUCGUCGGAACGGGCGGCUUCGGGGGGCUGCUGGAGAACAACCGCUGCCUGAGCCCCAGACUCUCCUACGACGGCAUCAGCUUCGGGAGGCCGUACCAGUAUGACGGAGCCUCGGCUUCUCCCUCCAUGUCGAGUAUGAACUCACUUUACGCAGACACCUCGGGGGGAUAUGUGGAUGAAGGGGAGACAUCCAUCCUAGACGAGGUGGAAAUAUUAGACCUGGAGGACAUGGACUGUCUUCACGAGGACGAGGACAGCUGGCUCUAUGAGGCGAAGCUGAACAGCCCCCUGCAGAAAGCCUUGAGUCCCAUUGUGUGGUGCCGCCAAGCUCUCGACAACCCGAGUCCUGAGAUGGAGUCAGCCAAGCGCUCCCUCAUCCACAGACUGGAUCUCACCCUGUCAGCCAACAAGCGCCGGAGUUUGUAUGGAAGCCCCUACAACCAGCAAAGUUAUGGAAGUCCUUACAGCACAAACGCAGCCAACAGCCCGUACAGCAGUGGCUUUAACUCCCCUUCUUCAACCCCCGGCAAAGUGCCCAUCGUCAGACAGCAGCUAAUGCCUGUGAACGCGGCGCACCAGCGAAACUCAGCAGCAGAGAGGAAUCCUCCGGCGGUGAGCCCGCAGUCAUCAGUGGACAGCGAGCUGAGCACGUCAGAGAUGGACGAGGACUCAGUGGGAUCCUCUAAUACCUACAAACUUAACGACGUCACCGACGUCCAGAUACUCGCACGCAUGCAGGAAGAGAGUUUGAGACAAGAUUACGCCGCAACAGCCUCCAGAAGAAGCUCAGGCUCCUCCUGUCACUCGCUGCGGCGCAGCACCUUCAGCGACCAGGAGUUGGACACACACAGCCUGGAGGACGAGGAGGAGGCGGUGCACCCGGCCUUCCACCUUCCCGCGAGCCGCUUCAGCCCCUCCCCUCGACACUCUCCCCGCGCCUCGCCUAGGAACUCGCCUCGCUCUCGCUCCCCCGCCCGCUCUAUCGACUACAGCCACAGCCGCGGCUCGCCUCAGCCCAUCAUCAGCCGCCUGCAGCAGCCUCGACACUCGCUGCAGGGCCACGGGCACGAAAUGCAGACCAACGUGGUGAAGAAUGAAGAAAAGCUGCGUCGUAGUCUUCCCAACCUCACGCGCUCUGCCACAGCGCCGGCUCCGGCCCCGGAGCCCGUCAAGAACAGCCGCAGCUGCGAGUCCAACCUGCAAGUGCCAAACGGUGGCUCCCCUCGACACCAGAACCAGUCUGCGACAGCAGCUCAGCUCCCGAGAUACUCGACCCCUUCUCGCUCGUCCCCGAAACCCAAACAGCGUCUCCAAAGCCCAACAGCCCUGCGAGUCCCCUCUCCCAGUAAGCUGCGGACUCCGGCCACCCCGUCCCCGCUGGCCCUGAGGCAGCCUGUGAAGGCCACGUCUAACCCCAACUCUGCCACCUCCACACCCACCCGCUCCCUGGCUGCUCCACGCAGCGGCCUGCCCCGCCCCAAUGCUUCUACAGGAGGAGGAGGAGGAGGAGGAGGAGGAGGAGGAGGAGGAGGGGGGAUCCCUUUGCCCCGCAGCAAGCUGGCCCAACCUGUGCGCAGAUCUCUUCCUGCUCCUCGGUCCUACAGCGGCACAGGGGACAACUGGAGAGAAGGUUGUUAUUAAAAAGGGCCAGCAGGGGGCGCCCCAAUCAAACACAAGGAUGCAGACAUUUCAACAUGGCACUUUAUCUUCCUAGAUACCUUUUACAGUGAAGAGAGAAACUAUGUCCCCAAAAAUAUAAACAAUCCAGAAUUUAAAAAAAAGGAAACAACGGCGUCCACGUCGUGUUGAAGAGGAACCUCUCAUCGCGUCGCUCUUUGGGGGUCCGGCUCUGGAGGGGUCCGGCAUGUAGUACAGACCAGAAGAUGCCAAAGAAACCAGCCCGACUCCAGCUCGCCCAGCAGAGGUCACUUCACCUGCCUUUGUUUGACUGCAAUCAUCCGUCAGACUCUUAAUUUCACCGCUGACCUUUUCUCCCCCUCUUUCUUCUGUCACCUCCCUCAGGUUGAAAUGUUUCCACACAUUUCUCUCUCUUUCUGCUCUGUGUGUAACAGACUGUAGGCGAGCCUUCUGUAUGAUGAUGCCGCGCAGGCCAACGUCCCGUAGUGGUCGAGAGUUGUCGAUGUCUUUACCAGUGAAAGCACAUCUGUGCGGAUCAUGACAUCUUAAAGAAUCUGUCCUCCUCUUCAAUCAGCCAGAAUGUAUGCACAAGUUUCUUUUGGAAAUUAUUUAUUCUAAUUAUUUAAAGAAAUGUACGUCAAAGCAUCCAUAUCAGUAUUUUGUUUAAAGAUUUCAGUCGUUUGAAAUGUACAUUUUGAACCUCAACUGCAAGCUAACUCUCCAAAGCCUCGUUUCUUUCAAAGUGUCAAAUCAGGACAGAUCAAAGCUCUCCAAAGCCUCAGUUCUGACUUGAACCACAGUUUGCCAAGAAAAUACCUUUCCAUUGAAGUGCUAAUAUCGGUCAAUUUAAAAACAGAGGGGUGUACGUCCGACAGAGUGGAAACAUGUCAGAUCUUGUGCACCAUGACAGAGUUAAACUGAAAGCUCCAUCACUUGUGCACAAAAUCAAGCCGCUGCAGGAAACUUUGCAAUGACAGACAGCUUUUAGAAGUGUGCAGAUAUAUUCAAGCAAAAUAAAAAACAAUGCAACCGCAAAUAAAACCAGGGGAGGAGUGCUGGAAGGAGACAGAUUAUUAAUCCAUCCUCUGAUUCUCUCCUUUUUCUGAUCCGACAGCUGCACACUGCAGAGCUCCUGUGACAAUAUAAUCCUUAAUAAACACCAACAAACUGAAGAAGUGAAGGAAAACAGCAGAUUUAAAAAAAAUGCUUAGCAGGAAAUUAUAACCAAGAAUCCACCGUGUUCUGCUUCUGCUGUACGUUUAUGCUCUUUGAGUGCACGGACAAUCUGCUGCGUGCAAGUUGGAAGUUUUAGUUUGUCGGUAUCAAACAGAAGAGGGUCAGGUUUUCUGCAUCAGUAGCUUCAUGUAUGCAUGCUCCAAUUUAAAAAAACUGCAAGGCUCCACUUUGUUGCAUUAAAACUUAUCGUACAACGAGUUAGCAGAGAGCAUCAUUAGAAAAAGAAGUGACGACAUGGCAGCACAUUUACAGCAGAUUUAAAAUCUAAACUGAAUAAAAAUGCAUCUCCUCAUCAGGUGAAGUGUGAAAAAAAAGAGAGCUAUGUAGUUUCUCACCACCAUGUUGUCGUACACCCCUCUGCUUGAUAAAACCUGAUCUGUAUCCGAUGACUGAAUGAGACUUGAUUGGAUCAAAAUCCUAAAAUACUCCUCCCUCUGUGGCCGUGAAGCCCAGAACCAUUCACGUGAUUCUUCAUCGUCCUGUAACAGAUUCAUGUCCGUGUGUAUCGCUCAUGAAUAAAGGAACCUGUCCUGAAGUGUUGCUGGCUUUACCUCCUGUGCUCUGAAUCAAAAGGUGUGUCAGUGUUACGGAUCGUGGUGUGGUGGCUGUUCUGAAAAUAGUGCCUAUAAUUUAAAGUUUCACUUGAGUUUGAACAUCAUGUUUGUUUGUUUGUGCCAACUCUUUGUUUUUGCCAAUAACGUUGAUUUGAGUUUUCUAUCUGCUUGAUUGAUUUGCUUGGCUGUUUGUGUUUUUGUAAAUGAAAUCCAAACAUUUAUAAUUUCUUUAAAAAAACGCGCCUUCAUAUUUAUAACUAAUUACUCUUAUUCUGUAAAUGAAACUAUUUAUUAAAGAGAGAGGUGCCUCUGUCAGGUUCAGUGGGAAGCUACAGGCGAAUGUUGCAAAAAGACAUGCCACACCUUUUGUGUGAAAGGUUUUUGUUAUGGAACUUUUUUUUAUACCCACGAACAUGACAUUCAGUUUCCCGGUGUACAAUUCACAUUUCAAAAUAAAAGCUGGAAACUUCU